GGGCGGCUAUCUGGGUUUCUCCUCAGGCGACGGCGGGAAGGAUUUGGAGGCUUCGUUUUGUGGCCGGUUUUUCCUUCUCUCCUUCGUGAUGGAUGCCGCCGAGGUCGAAUUCCUAGCGGAGCGAGAGAUGGUCACCAUCAUCCCCAACUUCAGCCUGGACAGGAUUUACCUCAUCGGGGGCGAGCUGGGCCCCUUUAACCCGGGGCUGCCUGUGGAGGUGCCCCUCUGGCUGGCCCUCAACCUGAAACAGAGGCAGAAGUGCCGGCUGGUGCCCCCCGACUGGAUGGAUGUGGAAAAGUUGGAGCUAAUGCGAGAUCAAGAACGCAAAGAGGAUACUUUCACCCCAAUGCCUAACCCUUUUUACAUGGAAUUAACUAAGUUGUUGCUGAACUAUGCUGCAGAUAAUAUUCCAAAGGCUGAUGAGAUAAGAACUUUGGUUAAGGAUAUCUGGGACACGCGAAUAGCGAAACUUCGUGUAUCUGCAGAUAGUUUUGUCAGGCAGCAAGAAGUUCACGCCAGGCUGGACAACCUGACUCUGAUGGAGAUCAACACCACCGGUGCUUUCCUCACCCAAGCUCUGGAUCACAUGUACAAGUUGCGAUCAAACCUCCAGCCAGGAGCGAAUGUUGAAUCCCAGGAAUUUUGAAAGCAGGGGUUUUUCGUGAACAGAACGAUUCUUUUCAGCCUUUACCUCUCAGGCGUUCACAGGCUUCAGAGCUGAACUGUGCUGUGGCAAACUGUGAUGUAACGGUCUUCAUAGCAUUCGCUUGUGGGGAAAAAAACGGGCUGUUAAACUAUCAUCAGCCUGGUACCUCUGCAAGUGAUACCGCAGUGUUGGCAUUGUCUUUGGUGGGUGAGGAGGACCCUUGACUCUCCUUGGCAAGCAAGCUGUUGCCCAACACGCUCCCAAGUGCUGCAGGAUUGCCCUUUCAAGAUGCAUCAGUGUAACUAUUCACGGUUGCCUGGCUUUUGUGCUAGCUUGUUUUCCUAGUGUUGGUAAGUUGGAAGGAGGAAACAAGUUAGUUGCACCUCUGAUGGAUUCUGUUCCUUCAAGGCCAUGGCCUUCUGAUCUUUAUGGAAAAGGAAAUUAUUUUAGUCUUCUGACUGCACAGUUCUUGGCAGCUGCCUGGGAAGUGACUUGUAAGCCUGGCAACUCAACUUUACAUGCAACACUGGAUUCGCCGCUGUGUUACUCAUGGAAAUCUACCUGUCGGUUACCUUUGGAUAUAAAGGAAUUUUUCCCCCCCAGAGGCUAUGAAUGUGAUCACUGAGGUAUGGUGCCUUUUUGUGCGUGUCUGCCAAAAAAGAAAGAACAGCUUUAUAAAGAAACGAAGCCACAAAACCCAGAGUUUGGCUUCAGUCCCGUUUUUCUUUUAAAUGCUUGCUGUGGAGACUGACUAAACCAGCUGUUUGCAAGUAGCCAGAUUCUAGCUAUAUUAAUCAUAUAAGCAUUUUUACUGUUAGUCAUAAUAACACAUGUUGUUAGCCAUCAAUUUUUAAAUAUUUGUAGACAGCGCUUAACAAUGCGGGGGCACUACAGGGAUUUGCUGUAGUGUUUUAUUAGGUAAUGAUUAAAUAAAUAUUUUAAAAAGCAGUACAUUGCUGCAGUUGUAACUCUCUGACCUCUACUGCGGGUUACGCCGCAGAACAUUUUGGAUUCAGAAGAGAGCGCACAAGAAAAUGAGUGUUGUGUAACACACUGUGACUUGUCCCUGUUUAUGAAAAAAACUUAUCAAAAACUGGAGGGUUAAAUAUUUGUAAAGUGGAACAUCAGUGUAAGUUGUUGCUUUUGCAUGCAGUUUUUUUUCUUCUUUAAUUACUUUCAGUUUUCAGCACUGGUAUUGUUUCAGUAAAUGAAUCUUAUUUAGCACACUAGUACUUUUACAUUAGAUUGUGACUUUUUUGCAGGUGAAUCUAAUACGUACUAAAAUAACAACAUAUACCUUUAACCUAAGUGCUCUUAAAUCUGAGCCUCUUUUAACUUUUGGUGAAGAAUCAAAGCUUCAAAUAUUAAAACAAUUGUUAUGCUUCUUCAGAUAUACCUUUCUUUUCAAUACACUCUUAUAUGUUUUUCUACAGAUUAUUUUAUCUUGGGGCCUGUUUGAAAUCCAGCUUGACUAGAUGCUGGCGGGGGAUUCCUAUCCUAAUUUAACCCAGAUUAUGUGAAUAUUCAUUCAGAAAGGAGUACAGUAUUAAUGUGGUUGUGAGGUACCCCAGAGUAAAUUGUUACUACAGUGAUAUCCCAAGUGAAACUGCUAAAAGAUUGGAUCUGUCUUGUGUAAGACCCCAUUUCUAAUACAAAGGGCUGAUAGAGCUUCUAUUUAACGGUGGGUGGGUAGUCUGGGAAAAUAAUCCUUUGUCAUGAUUUAGGAACAUUUUAUUACUUUUUUUUUUUUUGGAUGUUGUCAGAAAUUACAGCCAUAUAUUCAUAAAUACCUAAUAACUACAUUCAACAAAUAUAUUACAUUACAUUUAAGUCAAAACAAGUACACUUAAAACAAGUUGAAUUUGUUUCACAGCAUCUACUGCCCCAGCCUGGGCCUUUGCCUUCCUCUUCCUCCUCAU